AUUAAAGCACUUCCGCUGUGCCCCACGUUACUGGCUCGUUGGAAGUAGCAUCAGGCAGAUUAAAAGCAGUUGCUCUGCGGUUUCGACGGCGUUUUAUAAAAUAACGACACAUCCGAGCAUUCGCGAGCGGCACUGAGCGCCGACGUCUUUCGUCCGUUUAAGUAAUCGCAGUAAUAUCGCAUGUCCAAUAUACAGAACCUCCAGUCUUUCGAUCCCUUUGCUGAUGCAACUAAGGGUGACGACUUGCUCCCGGCUGGGACUGAGGAUAAAAUCCACAUAAGGAUCCAGCAACGGAACGGCCGCAAAACGCUGACCACGGUGCAAGGCAUCGCUGAUGAUUAUGACAAAAAGAAACUCGUGAAAGCCUUUAAGAAGAAAUUUGCCUGCAAUGGUACGGUGAUCGAGCACCCAGAGUAUGGAGAGGUGAUUCAGUUACAAGGGGACCAAAGGAAGAAUAUCUGCCAGUUUCUGCUGGAGAUCAACAUCGUAAAGGAAGAGCAGCUGAAGGUUCACGGUUUUUAAAAUGCUGGCCCCUUCAGGGCUGUCUAAAGGACUGCACCAGCAUGUAGCAAUCCUAGUAUAUCCAUGGCAGGGUUUUUGUGACCAUAUGCUAACAGCACUGACAGCAGGGUAAAACUUUAUAUUUUUGCAUUCACUCCAAGCACGUAUCUUCAUAAUGACCUCGAGCGGACCGCUAAUUCCAGGCCGGUCCGAAUUAGAUACUGAAUCUCUGUUGCUGAUGCUUGUGAACGUUUUAUGAUAGACACACUCAAUUGCACGGUAUCUUUUUAUCAAGGACAAUAAAGUUAUGUGACUUUGCACA